GCGGAGAGGGAUCACGUUACUUGAUCACUGUGAUCUGUGGUUGUAUGAGGAGAGCAGUAUAAGUUAUUGUUAACUGCUUAAAGGGAACUAUACAUUGAUAAAUAAAACAGAUAAGUUACCAUAUAUUUUUAUUUUACUCAGGGCUGAAAAAUGAUCAAUUUAUAAUCAUUAGAGUCAAAAAUUAGACCAAAUAAGAAGAACUACUUCUAUCUAGCGUAGUAAAAUAUCCUGCAUUCCGUCGCAUAGUCAUCCUCACUCUUGCAGAGUUAAGAAUAGUCUUAUCAGCUUAUUGGAGACUUGUUGUGAUAGUAAAUAUUUGAGAAGAAUAUUUUUGCCGUUUCCAAAAGCUGAGAUAGAAGGAAUACCUGUAGCUGUACCCAGGUACCUGUUACUCGAUAAGAACGCCAACGAAUAAAGACAGUGCCAAUGGGUUUCCUAGAUGGACUUGCCAAAUGGCUGGGCCUGAAAAAGAAAGAAGCAAAUGUGCUGGUAGUUGGCCUUGACAACAGUGGCAAAACCACAAUUAUUAAUCAUCUGAAGCCAGAAGAAACCAAGUCUCAUGACAUUGUUCCAACAAUAGGAUUCAAUGUGGAGAAGUUCCAAACAAAGUCUCUACAAUUCACAGCUUUUGAUAUGUCUGGGCAAGGACGUUAUCGUAAUCUAUGGGAACAUUAUUACAAGUCAUGCAAUGGGAUCAUAUUUGUCAUUGAUAGUAGUGAUAAAUUAAGAAUUGUUGUUGCAAAAGAUGAGCUGGAUACAUUAUUGGAUCAUGUUGAUAUCCGAUCGCGACCAAUCCCCAUCCUUUUCUUUGCCAACAAGAUGGACAUUCGUGAUGCAUUAUCAAGUGUGAAAUGUUCAACAAUGAUGCGCUUGGAACAGAUUAUGAAUAAACCUUGGCAUAUAUGUGCCACUAAUGCCUUGACUGGAGAAGGACUUACUGAAGGAACUGAUUGGUUGGCAGAUCAGCUAAAAAUCUUAUUAGGUGCAAAGAAAUGAUUAAGUGAUAGUGUAUACAUGUACUUUACAUGUUGAGUUCAUUGAAUAAUUGUUAAACUAGAACCUUGUGACGAGGUCACUAUUUUCAAGCAAAAAGAAACGGUGCAGUCAAAAGUAUGUCAAAAUGCACACAAUAUUGGCAUCAUUACAACUGUUAUCUGUCUGAAUGCAUCCUAAAUAGACUACUGUAUUUGUCUUAUAUCAGACAUAUUGGCUUCUAUAAAUCUCAAUCCCAACCGUAUUCAAGAUACUCAUUGUCAGUGUUGUUGAUUAACAAUUGCCUAUCUGAAUAUUUCUCAAUUUAAACGGCCCCGACCAUCUUGGUAUGUUUCCUCUUACCAGACAUGCAUUGAAGGAAAAACAUGUCAAAUUCAUGGGGAUUUUGGCAUGU